UGCUGUUUGUUGGUUAUUUCGUAAAAAAAAAUUUAAUUUAAAAGUUUUUCAUAUGAUAAGAUAAUUUAUUAUUGCAUUAUUAGCUUUUUAAUAAAAUAUAAAUCUUUAUUAAUAAAAUAAAUGUAAACUGGGAUGGUGUAAAAAAUUUUUAAAGGCUUAUAAUUGAUAUGAUCAAAUAUUUCCAAAAAAAAUGAAAAAUUCAAAUGAUACACUUAUGGAUGAAAAAGUAGAUGGCGUAAACGCUGAGGGCUCCGAUACAUCUUCAAAUAUUUCAACAGUGAAUUUAAAAAAAACGAAUCGAUGCAGCAAUGAUUACCCACAAUUUAGCGUGUUAAGAUCUGAUAAUGGUGGACUUCGAAUGAAAAUAUCAGCAGUACGGAAGAAUAUUACUAAUAAUAAUUUGUCUGAUAAUAAUAAUACUAUAAAUAAUAAAAUAUCGUCAACAGACAAGCAAAAACAUAAAAAAAAAAGGAAAAUGUCGUCUUAUUCAAGCUCAUGCUGCUCAUUGUGCAGUCCAACUGAUUUCGAAGAUAGUGUAGAUAUCAAAAUAACAAAAAACAAGAAGAAAGUGAAAUUAAAGAAAAAAAAGGAUAAGGAUCUGAAAAAGCAUAGUUUAGAAUUUCAUGACAAAGAAAAAAUUUUCAAAAAUAAAAAGAAUGAAUCUAAAACCGAUUUUGUGGUACAUUGCACAGAUAAAUCACAUUUGCAAUUGAGUGAUGCCCUAAAUUCUGGUUGCAUUUCUUCGAGCGAUAACGAGCUCCCUGAACUGGUUAAUGAGGCUAUACGUCGUGUCAAUGCAAAUGCUAGUGAAUCAGAUACCGACAAUAAUACAUUUCCUCCCCAGCAACAAUACACAUCAUCACUGUUACAAGAUUUUAUGGAAAAAACUCAAAUGUUAGGUAGUUCAUUUAGGGAGGAAAUUGGUGAAUCUAAAAGUAGUCAAUCAUCUCCACUUGUCUGUUGCAAGAGAGAUAAUUCUGAUGAAAAAUUAGCUCAGGAUUCUAGUACAAUAUCAAGAAAAAAAAGAGGAAGACCAAAGCGUACAAAUAAUUCCGUGCCUACAAAUUUACCUAUUAGUUCUGAUAACGUAAGCUAUAGUUCACCGAAUCUUAUUAAAGCUCUAAAUGCAGAUGAAACUAGCAAAUUUUCUACCAUUUCAAAACCAGAUAGUCAAAGCGAUAGCUUAACAAGUAGCAUAUUAGCAACCCCGAAACCUAAAUUAGACAUUUCAGAGUUGGAUAAACAAAUAUAUGCAAAUGAAAGAACGCUUUAUCCACCAAGAAAUAAAAAGAAAGCAAGUCAAAAUAAACAAACGAAGUCACAAAAGAAAGCGCAUGAAAAUUUAGAUCCAAUUUGGAGAAAAAUAGAUGCUAAUUCUAAAUUCAGAAGGCCUUCACUAAGCGGAUAUAAAAGCGAUGGUGGCAGUACGGUAUGCAGUAAAGUUUUAGCUGCGAAAGGUGGUUAUGUGAGCGAUUGUGCUAAUUAUUGUAGUCGAAAUUAUUCUGGAUAUAAAAGUGAUGUUAGUUGCAAAAGUCAUUAUAGCAGUAAAACCUGUGCUAGCAGAGCUAAAAGUUGUGAUUAUAGAUGUUCGAGAAAGAUGCGUAAAAUUCAUAGAAAACGUAAAUAUCUCAACAUUAAUUUAUCUAAUAAACAUGCGAAAUCUAUGAGUAAUAUAAAUGAUCAAGACAUAUUACAACUUGCUGGAUUAACUUUAGGCCAAAGUAGUGAAGGUAGUAGUAGAGAAUCAGUAUGCAAGCGACCAAUAGAUUCUUCCAAAAAAUAUGGAGAAAUUAACCGUUUUGUAAGAACUGGAGAAUAUUAUUGCAGUAGUAGAAAUCUUGAUGGUUCUAGAACUCCAAAUAUAACCAGUGCCUUUUCUGAAAUUGUAAAUGAAACUGAUAGCAAUUACGACAUUUUUAAUACUAAAAUAAAUGAAAGUACAAGUAAAUUAAAUGAUACAUUAUAUAAUGAUGAUAAGCAAGAACUAGAUUUAUUUCCACGGUAUGUUAGAUCAAGAAGAUCCUCUGGUGUUAGUAUUCGCAGUAGCUGUUAUUCGGGGUAUUCUCGUUGUAAAAAAUAUCGUAAAAGACGAAAUAAGUAUUUCAAUAAAUCCUCCAAUAUAGUCAUUGAUCCUAAACUUAGUGCAGAAAUAGAAAUUUUGAUUGAAUCUUUCCCAAAAUCAUGCCAUAUUCAUUGUGAUAAAUCAUCUAAAGAUUCUAAAGAAUCAAAAGAAUUUAAAGAAAAACCAAUUAAACAUAAUAAAUUAGAUGAGAAAUCAGAAAAGAAUUUGCAUAGUAAAUCAUUGUUUAAAAAGAAUAUAAAAAAAAGAAAAAUUAGUGAAAAUAUUGAAACCCAUCACAAUAGCGCUACUUUAAUAAAAAGAAGGCAUAAGAAAGCAAUUAGUUCUAGUCCUGAUGAACACAAGUUACCCCUCAAAAAAAGACACUAUUUAUUAGCAUCCCGUGAAAAAACCGACGGAAAGAAUUUGCAACCCGAUUUUGAAAAUAAUAAUAAGGAUACAAUCAUUUCAGCAAACAAUAAUGUAAAAAUAAAUGUAGAGGCUUUGCCAACAAAAACUCGUCACUUAUUAGAUGCAAAUUCAAAUAAGACUAAAGAAGAUUCAUCUGGCAGAUAUGUGGAUCACGAGAAAAAUCUUUUGAAAUCAGUUGAGAAUAAGGAUGAAGCUAUAAACAAAUCAAUUCAUAUAAAAAACAAUAACAAUAUUGUAGAUCCAUGUAAUUCAAAGAAAAAGUUAAAAACCGAAAGUUUGGUUCAAAAAUCUAAAGAUAAAAUUGAAAGCAAAACUUACAAUUAUCCACCACCCGGAGUAUUUGAACCAACAAUUGAUUUAGAAAUUCAGAUCCCGGCAACGAAGAUACACGUAAAUAGUAUCAUGGAAAAGUCUGAUAUUGACUCACCUCUAAAUAAAAAUCUGUAUGAUUUACAUAAAACAAAAGAAUGUGUUGUCGAAAAAUUAUUAAACAAAACUGGGGCAGAUUUAUUACUGAAACGUAGGAAGCGCAAAAAAAUCAACAGAACAGGAUUUCCUACUGUUCGAAAGAAAAAGAUUUUAAAUAAAAAUUUUCAAAAUGAUGAAAAUAUAGAAAUACUAGAUUUUAAUCCUGAUGAACAUGAAAAAAGUCUUUUAGAAUCUCAUUUGCCAAAAGAAAAGGAGAAAAUUGAAAAAGAACCAAAAAAAAAGAAAAAGAUAGCGAAACUUGAAAACAUCAAAAAAACUAUUGAGAAGCUGGAAAAAAAGAAAUUGAAAAAAGAAAGCAAGUUGUUUAAAAAUAAUAUAACUGAACAAAAUUUUACUUUACAGCCAAUCUCCCAAAAACCAAAAGGUAAACCUAGGGGCAGAAAACCGAAAAUUUUAACAGUUUCAAUGGAAACAGAGAGUAAAAACAAUGAUGGAACUGAGAAAAAAGUAAAAGCAAAAAAUAAAAGAAGCAAAGAGUCUAUAGAUAAUACAACUUCAAACAGUUCAAAACAAAAAAAAGUAGAUAUUUCGAAAAAGUCAAAUGAAAGCAAGCUGCAAACCAAAACGAAAACAAAUGAGGAAAAAUGUAAAGAAUAUUUAGAGCAUGAACCCUUGCCGAUUAAAAAGAAUCAAGAUUUGUCUGAUAAUGAGAGUGCCGCUGAAUCUGAAUCACAGUCAAAUAGUAGCUUAAGAAAAGGAAAAUCAUUGAAAAAGGCAUAUUUGGUUGCAGGAUUGUUUUCAGACUACUUUAAGACAACGAAGUCUCGUAAAAAUAGUAUAAUGGGUAAAUUAAAUGAGAACUCAGAAGCGGAACAGGAAUUUGAAACUGAAAAUAAUAAUCUUCUUCCACCUCCUCCAUAUUGUGAAAAAUUUUUUCGGCGCUCUAUACAGGAUUUUUAUUUACCGCACGAUAUAUGGUUAGAAUAUAAAAAUUCGAAACUUUCAAAACGUGUAAGUGUUCCAAGUUGGAAUUACAGGAAAAUUCGUACAAAUAUAUAUGCAUCUGAUGUUGUUAGACCCUUAAAUACAGAUCAUCAGUCUUGCAAUUGUAAAAUGGAAUCUGCUUGUGGGGACGACUGUCUAAAUAGGAUGGUGUAUACGGAAUGUUUUCCAUCUACAUGUCCCUGUAAAGAUAAGUGUCAUAAUCAAAAAAUUCAGAGGCAUGACGUAGCUCCAGGAACUGAGCGAUUCAUGACCGCUAAUAAAGGUUGGGGCGUAAGAACAAAUUUACCUAUAAAGAAAGGAACUUAUAUAAUGGAAUAUGUUGGUGAAGUUGUAACUGAAAAAGAAUUUAAGGAAAGGAUGGCAACUUUAUAUAUAAAUGAUACACAUCACUAUUGUUUACAUCUUGAUGGAGGUCUGGUUAUUGAUGGACAUCGAAUGGGAAGUGACGGAAGAUUUGUUAAUCACUCCUGUUCACCAAACUGUGAGAUGCAAAAAUGGUCUGUAAAUGGAUUACCUAGAAUGGCAUUAUUUGCAUCAAGAAAUAUAGAAUCUGGAGAAGAAUUAACAUAUGAUUAUAAUUUUUCUUUAUUUAAUCCGUCCGAGGGCCAACCAUGCAGAUGUGAAACCCCACAAUGUAGAGGAGUUAUAGGUGGAAAAUCCCAAAGAAUAAAAAUAGAACAAAAGUCAUUGGAAAUGCAACCAGUUUUGCCAAAGCAUUUAAGAAAACGAAAAAGAAAAGCAGUUAAAAAUGUAGUAAAUCUUAUAAGUAAAGAAGUCGCUGUGCAAAAUUUUCAACCCUUAACAGAUAAGGAAAAAAAGGUUGUUCGGUACUGUCACCUAUUUUUGUUGAGAAAUUUAGAAAAGACAAGAAAAUUAAAAGAAAAGCAGACAAGCACGGUAUCGCAAGACAUAUCAACAAGACCACUGACUCCCUCGUCCUUAGCUGCGCAAAUAUCUGCUUUAAAAACUCAUAGAAAUAUAAAAACACGAGGCUUAACACAAGCAGCUCACGAUCCUGAAAUCGAAAAAAUGGCAAAAAUAGCUGUGGUAUUAAAAGAAAUUUGUGAAACAAUGGAAACUCUAAAAGAUGUUGACGGUAAACCAUUUAUCAUAAAAAUAUUUUCAAAUUCAAGAAGGAAAAAACUGUCACCAAGUAAAAAACAUAUACAAGAUUUUGGAGCAAUUAAAAGAAAUAUUGAAAAAGGUAUAUACAAAAAUGAGGACUUAUUUGAUAAGGAUAUUAAACAAUUUUUCGAAUGUUCAAUAAAAGCAAAUGCGAGUCAAAAUGAUUUAAUAGAAGUUAUAAAAAACUUGCAAAAUUUAUAUAAUCAAAAGAAAGGUGAAGUUGAAAAGAAAUUUGCAGAAAUAUCCAAUAGAAAAGAUUCUAUACAAAAUUUCUCGUCGUCAUCUACAUCAUCAUCAUCAUUAGAUGGUAUUGCCCUAGAAAAGCAACCAACUAAAUCACUUAAACAGACCUCUGAAGAUAUAAUCCGUUGUAUAUGUGGUUUAUAUAAAGAUGAAGGUCUUAUGAUACAAUGUUCACAAUGUUUAGUUUGGCAGCAUGCAGAAUGUACAAAAGCUGAUGUUAAAAUUGAAAAUUAUUUAUGUGAAAAAUGCGAACCUAGAAAACCAAAUUUAGAAAUACCGCUUGAAGAAUUUACUGAAGAAGGUUAUCGUUAUUUUUUAUCAUUAUUAAGAGGCGAUUUACAAAUACGUCAAGGCGAUACUGUAUAUGUUUUAAGAGACAUUCCGAUAAAAAAUUCCGAUAAAAAUGAUUCAUUAAUAAGUCAAGAAAUAAGCAGUACAACAGGAAUAAGAACUGCAAAUUUAAAUUUAACUAACAAACAUACAUAUGAAACAAUUGGAAAAAUUGAUCAUUCAGAAUGUGAUAUAUUUCGUGUUGAAAGAUUAUGGAAAAAUCAUGAGGGAAAACGUUUUAUAUUUGGACAUCAUUAUUUAAGACCACAUGAAACAUUUCAUGAACCAUCUAGAAAAUUUUAUUCAAACGAAGUUGUUAGAGUUCCUCUAUAUGAAGUUGUACCAAUCGAACUAGUUAUCGAUCGAUGCUGGGUAUUAGAUCGUAAUACAUUUUGUAAAGGAAGACCAGUUGAUUGUGCCGAUGAAAAACACGUAUAUAUAUGUGAAUUACGUGUUGAUAAAAGUGCAAGAUUCUUUUCAAAAGUAAAACAAAAUUAUAUAACAUGCACGAAAAGUUAUGCUUUUCGUUAUUUUAAAGAAAAAUUAAAAGUUUCCCGCAACUAUGCUCCACAUGAUUUGAAAGAAAUAUCAAAACCGAAGAAGAGAAAACAUGAAGUUAGUGAAACAUGCGAAACACCACCACCGAAAAAGAAAUUUAUCCAUGUUAGAAGAAGAAAAUUGUCUUUAAAAACAAUAACGCAAAGGCGAACUCGUCUUGAGAAUGUUUUACUCAAAUUAAAAUUUAGAACACAAAUCAAUUCCAAUGAUCCUAUAGUUGAUGUUUCAUAUUUAUUAACCGGAAGAGGCAUAAGACAAAGAAAAACUUUAACAUCAGCAUCGGCUGCUGCAAAAGCAGUCAUAUAAAUCGUUUUAUUAUUUUUGAUAUUGUUUUUUUUUUUAUUAUUAAUAUGAAACUUUAUUUUUUUUUAUUAUUAGGCUUUUUUUCUUGGAUUAUUCAAUUGUUUUAAAUUUUUUAUGCAAAAUUUUCAAACAAGAAAAACUUGUAAAUUAUUUACAAAAAUGAAUUUGUAUUUAUUUAGUUAUAUAUUUUUAAUUUAUUGAUUUAAUUAUAUAGUUAUUAGAGAUUCAAUUGAUUGAAUUUAAAACAAGCAUUAAAAAAAUUAAAUAUACAUAGCUCCAAAAAUAAAGAUAUAAUAAUUCUGUAUAUAAUUAGAAAAAUGUAAAUAUA